AUGCCGAACGUCUUUGCUGUGCCAGUCUUUUUCAUCUGCUUCAGAGAGUCUCUGGAGUGCAGCAUCAUUGUUUCGGUGCUCUUAGCAUUCCUGAAGCAAACGCUCGGACCUGAGCACGAUGCUGCCAUUCGCAAGAGGCUUGUUCGUCAGGUCUGGGUCGGUGUAGGUCUGGGUGUCUUGAUCUGUUUGAUCAUCUGUGCUGGUGUUAUCGGAACCUUCUACACCGCAGGCAAGAAUGCUUUCGAGGCUGCCGAAAACAUCUGGGAGGGCGUCUUCGCCCUGAUUGCCAGUAUCAUCAUCACCAUCAUGGGCGCUGCGCUGCUCCGUGUCAGUAAACUUCAGGACAAAUGGAGGACCAAGAUCCGAAAGGUCUUGGACAAGGACACCAAGCCCGCUGGCGGCCGGUUCAAGAGAUGGUCCGAGAAAUACGCCAUGUUCAUCCUGCCCUUCAUCACCGUUCUUCGAGAAGGUAUCGAAGCCGUCCUGUUCAUUGCAGGCGUCGGUAUCGGUCUGCCUGCGACGUCAAUCCCCCUCGCAGCCAUCUGCGGCCUCGGUGCAGGAUGUCUCAUUGGCUUCCUGAUCUACAAGGGCGGCAACAAGACAUCUCUGCAGAUCUUCUUGGUGGUUUCAACAUGCUUCUUGUACCUUGUGGCUGCAGGCCUGUUCUCCAAGGGAGUCUGGAACCUGGAGCAGGAUGCGUGGGUCAAGAUUGCAGGUGAGGGCGCUGCCGAGGCAGGUGCUGGCCCAGGCAGCUACGAUAUCAGGAAGAGCGUGUGGCACGUCAACUUUGGCUCGCCCCUCGAGAACGGCUCCGGCGGUUGGGGUAUCUUCAACUCGCUGUUUGGAUGGCAGAACAGCGCUACCUACGGCUCCGUGAUCUCGUACAACCUAUACUGGGUCGCCGUUAUCGUUGGGUUUGUGUACCUGGGGUUGAAGGAGCGUAAGGAAAUUGCCGCCGAUACACCAGAUGACUUGAGCGAGUCAUCGAGCGGACACACAGAGUUUGCGGGGAAGAAGACCGCAGAAGGGCACGUUGUGGAGUCUAACGUGACAGAGAUCCGUGCAUAGGGCAGUUGGGGCCUUGCAUGCUGUCGUGAGACGAUGCAAGGAUGAUGGUACAUUUGUAACUUCUUCACAAUUUGUCAACACAACUCAUCCGCACUCUAUCCACUGCAACGCGCUGUACUGUGUGCGUCGUGGUGCACUAUUAUUACUCGCUCAGCCGCAAUACUCCCUUCAACGUCAGCGAAUCGAAAAGUGGGUCGUCUCUCCUUUGUGAGCAAGGACCGAAACGCUUCAGCAACGCGCAAUCUCCAGAGGUCCACAGCCUCCGCUCGCAAUGGCCAGGAAUCAGAAUAUUCGAGGCCUUUACGAUCUCCUCCGCUAUCUAUCGUGAUCGGCCUAGCGAUAAUGUGAUU